GCCCUCUCCAUCUCACAGAUUUCAGUUGUUGACGUGUCAUUACCGGCAGAACAAAAAAAAAAAAAUCAGUUACGUAGCUUGCUCUUUCGCUUUCCUCCCUCUCAGAACAGAGCCUCGUGUCAACAUUCUCCACAAAAACUCUUCCAAUUCAUGCUAAAAAAAAAAAAAAAUCAAAAUCAAAACCAAAGGCAUUGUCUCUCUCAACAACAAAAUCUUGCAAACGCAACCUCUCAUUUCUACAAAUUCCCUUCAACGCGGUUUCAACGACCCUAAUUUCUUCAAAAAUGGUUAACAUUUUCACAAUUUCUGUUGAUUUGUUUCAAUGUCGGAGAUUCUGAUUCCUUCUGUAUUGUUGUAACCCACAUUUGCAGCGUUUGAGGCGUUUCAGUUAAGAGAAUUUGAAGAUUCUUGUAGAGUUGGAGGUACACGCGCGUUUCUAGGGUUUGUUUUGAGCUGAAUGUGUUUCGUUGAAGAAAUUUUCUCUGCGGUUUUAUUAAGCUAGAGGUUUUGUUGAGCUGAAUGUGUUUUUCUGAGGCAAUUUUUUUCUUUCUGUGUAAUGUGUUUUUCUUAGCUAUGGGGUAGAUAGUGGAGCUUUUGUUUUGAUCAAUUUGCGAGUGCUGAAUUGGUUUUGUGAGUUUUUUUUUAUGGGGAAGGGUUUGACAUUGCUUUAUGGUAUCUGUUUUGUUAUGGUUUGUUGUUCAAAUGGGUGUUGGGUCCAUUUACGUCAAGCAUUUUUUAUUGCAACUUGAAUGGCUGAUCUUCACAAAACUGGUGUCGGCGACAGUAGGGAUAUCGAGCAGGCAAUUACAUCUCUUAAGAAAGGUUCUUAUCUACUAAAGUAUGGACGAAGAGGGAGGCCAAAGUUUUGUCCUUUUAAGCUUUCCAAUGAUGAGUCGCUACUCAUAUGGUACUCUGACAAGGAAGAAAAACAAAUUAAGCUCAGUACUGUUUCAAAGAUCAUUCCUGGGCAGCGAACUGCAACAUUUCAGCGGUAUCCUCGACCUGAAAAGGAGUAUCAGUCAUUUUCUCUUAUAUACAACAAUGAUAGGUCCCUGGAUUUGAUAUGCAAGGACAAAGAAGAAGCUGAGAUCUGGUUUGCCGGUCUGAGAUCAUUAGUUACCCGAGGUAACUAUCGCAAGUGGCGAUUCGAACCAAGACCUGAAACUCUGUGUUCUGAUAGUCCAAAGUCUAGCAGAAGAUCCACUCCAUCAUUUCCACCAUUUGUCUGUGACAAUAACUUAAUCUUCUUUUUUUCUUUUCAAAAUUCUUCGCCAAAUAAAUGGGUAAAGGCUUUCUCUGAAAUAAUUUCAUACACUGCACCUAGCAAGAGCUCCAGUCAAGCCGAAUCAAUUACCAAUUCCUCUAUUUCCUCCUCCGGGUCUGUGGAUAACUCGAGCAAUCGAAAUUCUGCAUCUGAGGCAAUUCGAAUCAGUUUAUCCAGUGCUGUAAGUUCAUCCAGCCAGGGUUCUUGUCAUGAAGAUAUUGAUGCUUUAGGAGAUGUUUUUAUUUGGGGAGAAGGUAUCAAUGAUGGAAUUCUUGGUGGUGGCCUGCAUAGGGUUGGAAACUUAUCUAUUUCAGAGAUGGAUGCAUUCCUUCCCAAGGCACUGGAAUCAAAAGUGGUUCUAGAUGUUCAUAGUAUUGGUUGUGGCUAUAAACAUGCUGUUCUAGUUACCAAGCAGGGAGAAAUAUUUAGCUGGGGCGAGGAGUCAGGAGGCAGGCUUGGACAUGGUGCAGAAGUGGAUGUUUUUCACCCUAAGCACAUUGAUAGUCUUAAUGGCACGAACAUUGAGUUAGUAGCAUGUGGAGAAUAUCAUACUUGCGCUGUUACUUGUUCUGGGGAUCUUUAUACCUGGGGUGAUGGUAUGCACAAUUCUGGGUUACUUGGGCAUGGAAAUGAAGUUAGUCAAUGGAUUCCUAAGAAAGUAAGUGGUGCAUUGGAAGGAUUACGUGUAUCAUAUGUGUCCUGCGGACCUUGGCACACAGCUAUUGUUACAUCAGCCGGGCAGUUGUUUACCUUUGGUGAUGGAACUUUUGGUGCCUUAGGCCAUGGAGAUCAUAGCAGCUCAAAUAUUCCCCGGGAAGUAGAAACUUUGAAAGGGUUGAGAACAACUAGGGUUUCAUGUGGUGUUUGGCACACUGCUGCAGUUGUUGAGGUGAUAAAUGAAUCCGUGGAUUCUUCUACGCAGUCAUCUAUUGGAAGACUGUUCACCUGGGGUGAUGGGGAUAAAGGCCAACUUGGAUAUGUUGAUAUGAAACCUAGACUGGUUCCUUUGUGUGUAAUUGCACUGGCUAAUGAAGACAUUUGUCGUGUAGCUUGUGGCCACAGUCUUACAGCUGCAUUGUCAAUGUCGGGACAUGUAUAUACAAUGGGCAGUACAGCUUACGGACAACUUGGUUGUCCUGCAGCAAGUGGGAAGGUCCCUACACGUGUUGAAGAUAAAAUUGCUGACAGUUUCAUAGAAGAUAUUGCCUGUGGUUCGUAUCAUGUUGCAGUCCUGACUUCCAAGUCAGAGGUUUACACAUGGGGAAAAGGUUUAAAUGGGCAAUUAGGUCAUGGUGACAACGGUCACAGGAAUAAACCCACACUUGUCGAGUUUUUAAAAGAUAAGCAAGUGAAGAGUGUGUUUUGUGGUUCAAACUUUACUGCUGUUGUUUGCCUUCAUAAAUGGAUACCGAGUAUUAAUCAUUCAGCAUGUUCAGGCUGUCAUAAUCCUUUUAAUUUCAGAAGAAAACGUCAUAAUUGUUACAACUGUGGACUUGUUUUUUGCAAAUCAUGCACUAGCAAGAAAUCUAUGAAGGCUUCCCUUGCUCCAAGUUCCAACAAGACAUAUCGUGUUUGUGAUGACUGUUAUUAUAGACUUAGGAAAGCUGCUGAAUCAGUAUCCUCGCAAACACCUAGCUGGAGAAGUGUCAGUUUGCAUGACAAUAAGGCCGCUAAAAUACAGGGAUCACUAUUAAGACUUUCAUCGUUUGGUUCUGUUGUUCAAUCAGAAAGCAGUCAUUCAAAGCUUCCAGAUUCUCACGAUAGCCAUAUUUUUCCAGCUUUUAAUGGAAAACUACAGCUGGGGGGUUUUGUUAUUUCAAAAUCAUCAAACUCUCUUUCUGGGGAAUCGAGGAAAUAUGUGUCUGUUUCUGAGCUUGCUACAAGAAUUUCUUGUCAGUCAACCUCUCCAGUUUCAUCAAAGUCAAGCCCACGGCAAUCUUGUGAAGAUAUUAUACAUGAUGAUUUAAAACACAGAAAUGAUAUUCUAAGUCAUGAAGUUAUAAGUUUAAAAGCACAGGUUGAGGAUCUUACUCGGAAGUCAAAAAGUCUUGAGUCUGAACUGGAGAGAACAUCAAAGCAAUUGAAGGAAGUGACUGCAGUAGCUGCAGAUGAAGCUGGAAAGUGUAAAUCUGCAAAAGAAGUUAUAAAGUCAUUGACAGCUCAGUUGAAAGAAAUGAUGCAAAGAUUACCAGAAGGACAUAAUGCCGACUCAAGCACAGAUUCCUAUGUUGAAACCAGUAAUAGGAUUGUUGAUCAAUCCUUAGAUGAGAGUCAUUUAACAAACAUUAUCACUGCCAAAAAUGAACGCAGUAGCGACACAGAAAAUAUGGUAUUUCCUAAUGGUACCACAACACAAAGUGGAAAGGCAGAAUUGGUGGUGCAAGAUGAACCAGGUGUGUACGUAAGUUUGUCCUCCCUUCCAGGUGGUGGUAAUGAACUUAAGCGUGUUCGCUUCAGUCGAAGGCAUUUCACAGAAGAGGAAGCUGAAAAGUGGUGGGCCGAAAAUGGUACUAAAGUAUUGGAACGGCACAAUAUAGUUGCCUUGUAGAAUGCAAGAGAACCUGUUUACUCGAAUUAAAAAGUAAACCUUCUAUUCUAUCUGUGAUUCCAUGGGAACAGUAAAAAGAAUUCCUUCUCUCCUCUUCCAAAAUUCAGAAGGAUCUUUUGUCCAAAUUAGACAGAUAACCAGAGUAGGAAGAAAACUUGUUAGUUCCAGCAAAAGUUCUAACCCCAACCCCAAAAUCGAAUAGAGGACUUUCUUGUACGCACUACUCACCGACGAGGGUUGUGCAAUUCAUUAUUCAUCUUGGUCUUUUUCUCAACCCCCUCAUGUUACAACAGUCCUGUAUGUUUAACUUGCAAUUGGGGAUUAUUUUGUUCAGCUAUUUUUUGUCUAUUGUAUAGCUACUUUCUCUUAGGGACCUAGUAAACUGAUCUUAAUGUUCUUUUCGUCAAUGUGCUCAUUCUAUAUCCAAUUACUUAGCAUGCACAUUCUCUGCAUUCUUCAGCUAAAAAAGUAAUGCAUA